AUGGGCCCCGAGUUCUCGGUGCCUCCUGCGAUCCUGGCUGUCAUGGAGCGCUGGGCGCGCUUGCAGCCGCUGGCUGCGCUGCCCGUGGCCGUGUGGAAGCGGCUGGAUCUGGCCAGCCUCUACAAGCUUCUGCUGGCAGAAUGUUCGUCCCGGGACCGCAAAGCUCUGCAAUUGACCCGUGACCCGGGCGACGUUCUGUGGGCCGACGACUGCCUCGAGCUCACCCUUGGGGCGGCUGCAGCGCUGCUGGACGUCGACCCGCGGGCCCGCCGGCGUCCCAAGAGUUGCUCCAGUGCCUGCACUGCGCGCGGCUCCUGCUGGAAGAUCUGGCGCGGACGUCCGAAGAGCUGCGUCUCUGGGGGCGCCCGGCAAGAGCCAGCUUGGCGCUGCGGGAGGAUGGCGUGGAAGUCCUGGAGGUACGCGACCUGGACGGGAGCCGCGAGCGCGCUGUUCGGCCACUCCUGCGACUAG